UAAUAAUUUGUUUCUAAAUCACAUAAAUAACUCGUUAAUGUGAUGAAUAAAUAUUAUGACAUAAAAGUUUUAUAUGGUAUAGCUAUAUUAGCUAUAUCUAUAAUUAACAUUUGUAAUGGUGAACAAUGUGCUAAUAUUAACAUUGAUCACCGUAUCGAUUGUACACCAGAAAUCGACAAUGUUACAUUAGCUGAAUGUACCAAGCGCAAAUGUUGUUUUAAUACUAAACUUUCAUCUAGCUUAAUCAAUGGAAAUCCAAAAUACAUACCAACAUGUUUUAUGCCGACCGACUAUAUGGGCUAUAAAGUAACACAAGUUGACCAACAAGAAAAUGAGCAUGGUACUGUUAGCGUAUUUAAGAUCAAACUGGAACGCCAGACACCGUCGGGUUUUCCCGCGGAAAUACCGGUUGUGACCGUAGAGAUUACACUACUUAAUGAUCGGUCAUUGCGAUUGAGAUUUACAGAUAUAAAGAACAAACGCUAUGAACCGACACUACCUGAGCUUAAUCUACCAAAACCUACCGAUUCUUUGAAUGCAUUCUAUAAAGUCAAUGUUGAUAAAACAGGUUUACUGGAAAUAACACGUUUGGCCAAUGGUGCCCCAAUAUUUCAAACUGAUUUGACCAAACUCAUUUAUACAAAUCAAUUUAUUCAACUCAAAUCUAAACUAAGUUCACCCCUUAUCUACGGUAUUGGUGAACAAAAAGCGCCGUUCCUUAAGGACACUGAAUGGCACAUCUAUUCAGUAUUCAAUCACGAACAACAUCCUAUCAAUGAUAGGCCACUAUACGGUUCCCAUCCGUUUCACUUAAACAUUGAGGACAAAAACACCGGUUUAUCGAACGGAGUUUACUUAAGAAACUCUAAUGCUAUGGAUAUUCUAUUACAACCCGAACCGGCCAUCACAUGGCGUCCCAUCGGAGGAAUAAUAGAUAUAUUUGUAUUUGUAGGCCAGUCUCCCGAUGACGUCGUCCGUCAAUACGUCAGUUUAGUGGGUAAACCAGCAAUACCGCCAUUUUGGUCACUGGGUUAUCAUCAGUGUCGUUGCUGUAGCCAACCGGAUACAUUGGCAAAACAAAUGCUUAUAACCAACCGUACAAUUGCUGCGGGCAUACCGUUUGAUGUCCAGUGGAACGCCAAAGAGUAUAUGGUUAGCUUCAAUGACUUUACAUUGGAUGAGCUCAGGUUCGGAGGUUUUGGCCAAUGGAUUGAACAUUUGCAUGAUAUUGGUAUGCAUUACGUGCCUAUUAUUGAUCCGGGUAUUGAUCCCAAACAACCAAAAGGAACUUACCCUCCCUAUGAUGACGGCGUAAAUGAUGAUCUGUUUGUAAAAACCAAUACUAACACUACAUUUGUUGGUCACGUUUGGAACAAAAGUGGUUACACAGUGUUUCCCGACUUUACAAAUCCAAAAGCAACCGAUUACUGGACCAAACAGUUUCGACAGUUUCACAAAAUCGCACCGAUCGACGGCGCCUGGAAUGAUAUGAACGAGAUUUCCAAUUCCCGACAUAUAACUGCCUGUCCUAAAAACAGUUCACUCGAGUAUCCGCCUUAUUUGCCAAAACGUAUGAACAAUACAAUGUAUGACCAGACUAUCUGUAUGACAUCCAAACAUCAUAUCGGUGUCCACUAUGACGUACACAACUUGUACAGCUUGUAUAUGGCAAUUGUCACCGAUAAUGCAUUGAAAAGUGUGCGCCAAAAGCGAUCGUUUAUCAUAUCACGAUCUACCAGUCCAGGUAUGGGACAGUAUGCUGGACACUGGAACGGUGAUGUUUAUACCACUUAUGAUGAAAUGGCAUGGACUAUACCAUCCAUUAUGAAUAUGAAUAUGUUUGGCAUACCUUUGGUGGGCGCAGACAUUUGCGGGUUUACUGGUUCAGCCAGCAAUAACAGUUUUUAUCAGGAAAUGUGUGCUAGGUGGAUUCAAUUGGGAGCAUUUUAUCCAUUUGCAAGAAAUCACAAUGAAAAACAUAUGGACCAGGAUCCAGUAGCUAUGGGUUCAUUAGUCACCAGAGCAUACAAACAAGCACUAGAAACACGAUAUACAUUAAUACCAUAUCUCUAUACAUUGUUUUAUAAAGCAAAUACAAACGCUGAUACAAUAGCACGCCCGGUGUUUAUGGAAUAUCCUCGUGAUCCCCGUGCUUACGAUCCAUCAGUUGCCGAAACACAGUUCAUGUGGGGUUCAGCCUUAAUGAUGGCACCGGUAACCAAACCUAACGUCACCAAACUUGACGUCUAUUUACCGUCAGGUAUAUGGUAUCCAUAUAGUGUUUCUGGUUAUGGAAAACCAGUUGAUAGCAGUGGUAAAACUAUGCAGUUUGAGACACCGUUAGAUAAAGUUAACGUUUUCCUUAAGGGUGGUAAUGUAGUGCCAAUUCUACCGUCACGACAAACUACUACUGCUAUGCGAAAAGAAAAAUUCACUUUAGUUGUUGUGUUGGAUCAUAAUGCCGGUGCUGAGGGACAGUUAUAUUGGGACGAUGGAGAUAGUAUUGAUCCAAUUAAAAGUGGCAGAUAUUCAUUAUUCAAUUUUGAUGUAUCAAAAGGAAUACUGUCCACUCACUCAGUGGUUGAUAAAUAUCGGGAACAGGAAAUAGUUGUCAAUAAUGUAAUAGUUUUGGGACUGAAAACAAAACCAAAUGAACUAACAAUUAAUGAUAAAAAGUGGUCAAACUUUAGUUAUGAGGAAAGUCUACUAAAAUUGACAAUCGAUAAAAUUGAGCUUAAAUUAAAUGGAGUAAACAAUCAGAUUGUGUGGAAAUAA